AUGUUGAAUACACUUGCUGUACGAAAGUAUCCGACAAAGAGCGAUAUCACACAGGCUUUAGCAACAAAAGAACCGGAAAUCAUGAAUUAUUUCGAUAUUCCCGCCAUUCAGCGAGAGAUCAGCCGCGUUACUCGGGCUGGACCCGAGAGUGUCCUGUAUGGUGUCUGGAACAUCAUCCUUACAUGGCAAUUCCCCGUCCAACAGGGCUAUGUGACACGCCCCCAAGACCGUCAUACCAGCCAAGCGGGGCAGUUGGGGUUUUCAGAUUUGCAUACGUACCAGUAUCCGUCUGCACAACAGCGAGCCAACAAAUUUCUGAUUGUGCAAUGCAAGAGGACUGGUCUGGAAACGCGAGCCUCUACCUGGGACGAAGGUGUGCAACAACUCGAUCAAUAUCUUUCUGCAACCCACUAG